CAGUGGGAGGGGGGAAGAGGGCCGAGCGAUGCAGGAUAUUCUCACAGGAUGUGAUGGCUGGACAGCAGCCGGAGCUGUGCGUUGUGGAGGGAAGAGUCAGCUGAGAGGAGCUUUUGGCUUGUGGUGUUUGCUUGGUUACUAUCGAUCUGUGAGUGGGUGGGUGUGUGCGCUGAGGAUGUGAAAUCAACAUGGUCAGGAGACACUGCGAAGAUUAGUCAUAAGCUGAAAGUGAGGUAAAUGUUCAGCUCUCUAAAAAGCAUGUUGUUGUCGCAUGGAUUUGGUUUUGGGAAGCCUUGGACUGGACUGUGGGACCAGAUGCUGCUCGUUGGACUCUACUGAAGCAAAAAGUAAAGACACCAUGGCCGCUUUCCAGCUGCUCUUCCCGCUGUUGGCCAGCUGCGUGGCGGCAUCCUCUCCUCCUUCCCGCCACCUCCCUCCAUGCCAAGUUGUCCAGAUGGAUGUGUUUUGCAGCAAUCUGAGCCUUAGAAGCGCCCCAGUCAACCUUCCUCGUGGCGUCCAAAUGCUGGACCUUUCUCGUAACCAGGUGCAAAAUCUCACCCGGGAAACUCUCGCGUAUCACACCGGCUUCCAUCAUCUGAAUCUUCACUCCAACAAGAUCCACUUCAUCCAGCCGGGACUCUUCAAAGACAUGACUGAUCUAAAAGUCCUGGAUCUGUCCAGGAAUCAUUUGAAUGUUUUCUCUCUCUCCAAAAUCAACAUUGGGCCUCUUACAGCUGUAGAGUCACUUGAUCUUUCAAGCAAUGGGCUAUACACAGGAAUGUCUGACUAUUUCCUGGCUGAUUCUCCAUCGCUGGCAAACCUCUCUCUCAACAGCAAUAGCAUCACCAAAAUAGCACAAAAUACUUUCAGUGGAGCCUUGUCCUUGACAAAAAUCAGCCUCCACAAUAACGUCAUCUUGGAGAUUGAAGAUGGAGCUUUUGACUCCUUGGAUCGUCUGACUGAACUCGAUUUGUCCAAGAACUCAAUCACGUGCAUCACUGACUUCAAUCUCUGCAAUUUAAAAGUGCUCAAUCUCAGCAAGAACAGCAUGGAGCUUUUCCAAAGCACGAGAUCAACUGAUUUGUAUAAACUUCUCCGUCUUGAUCUGAGUGAAAACAAAAUGCUGUACUUUCCUCUUCUGCCAAGAAAAAACAUGCUUGAAUACCUGGAUGUUUCACGAAACCAACUUCAGAGCAUCAACGUCACAGGAAAUCCUGAAAAAAAUACAAACGUAUUUUUAAAUGACCUGAGAUACCUGGACAUGAGUUACAACCAACUCAAAAGCAUACCAGAGUCCUUUUUUUACUGUAUGGGAUCCCUUGAGGUCCUGAAUGUGAGCAAUAACUGUAUCGGCUCGUUUUCUAUCACUGAUGAACGUCUUCUACAGACAGUGAAAAUUAUCAAUCUCAGCUAUAAUUCGCUGCAGAGCCUGACAUUUGGGGAAAACGCCCUGCAAUCGCUGGAAAAGCUCUUCUUACAAGGAAACGACCUCACCACCCUGGACCAUCAAAUAUUUCAAAGACUUCCAAGUAUCAAACACCUGCAGCUCCAGCAGAAUAAUCUGGAAAUCUGUGCCUUGGACCAAAACCAUCGGGGUCCUCCAGAUUGUGUCUCCUUUUCUUCCAUACCAAACUUGCAGUUCCUGUACCUCUCUGAAAACAAUCUGAGGACUCUGCCUGCGAACGCAUUUGCCAACACCCCUCUGAAGUUACUGGACUUGUCCCUGAACCCUGGCUUAGACAUGGACAAAGACUCCCUCUCUGGUCUCGAGUAUUCCCUGGUUCACCUCCUCCUGAGGGAAAACAACAUUUCCAGUCUAAACACAGACCUCUCCUCGCUGAGGAGUCUCAAAGAUGUAGACCUGUCCACCAACCACCUGACCAUUCUACCUAUGUGGAUCAAAGAGUCCUCCAUUGAGUCGCUAAACCUGCAGAACAACAACCUGGUCACCCUGGAGUACAGCACCAUGCUCGCUCUGGAGCACUCACUAAAAACCCUCUACAUGGGCUCCAACCCUCUGAGCUGCUGCAGCAACCUCGGCUUCCUCCACAUGGUCCAGCACUCAGCCGUGGUCGUCCCCGACAUCGAGACUGUGACCUGCGUUCACGAGGAAUAUUCAGAACCGGUCAACAUCGAGAAGGUGACCCAGGAAAUGUGUCAUAGAUCAGGCAUCCAUAACUAUAUUAUCGUUGUUGUAGUGAUAGCGUUACUUGUGAUGAUCUUGCUGGGGCUGCUGGUUAGAUGUUGCCACACAAGGAAACGAAAGCACAACCGAAGCUUUAGCGCGUAAUGUGAAUGAACAGUGCACAUGCAGGACCAUGAAGGAAUUUAUAUUUGAGACUUUUCAAAUUUCUCUUCAUGAGAAGGUUGCUGGUUUUAACCAGAGACAGUAGGAAAAAAAUGAAUGUAGUAUCUGUGAUAUCAUCCAAAGUCUUCUGAAGGGACAAUUUAAAGCCCUGAUUUGGUCUGGCAUUUGGUCAAAGGGGAAGAAGCCUGAGUGAAGCUGAGAUGGGACUUGCAAGAUUGCUGACUGACGAAAACAUGUGCCAUAAUAUCCCCUAAAUGAAGACAGUACAAUAGACAAACUAUUGAAGCACUUCUUGUGGAAAAUAUUCUCCUUGUAUUUCAAAAGAGAAGUUUGAACUUUUUAAAUGGACUUCUGAAAGAAGUUUCUUGCAGUCAGUAUCUACAGUAGUGGCUGUUUGAGGAACUUCAACUUUAGAGCCUUAUGGCUAAAGCAGGGGUGUUUCCUGCUUGGUUUUAAUAUCAAGCCACAUGCAUCGGUUUACUGAAUGUAAAAGGAAAAUUCCACACUAAAACACUGUAGACCAUUUUCUCCACUGACAGACCAGACUGAAAUGCAGCAAUUAAAUGUUAACGGAUUUUUUUGUAAAAAUGCGCUUAUUUGCUUUCUUGCUGAACGUUAUAUGAGAAGAUUGAUACAACUCUCACGUAUGUCGGUGCGCUACAUAUAAAGCUAUAGGCAGCAGCCAGUUAGCUUAGCUUAAAGACUGGAAACAGAGGGAAACCGCUGUCCUGGCUCUUUCCAAAGGUAACAAAAUCCACCUACCAACACCUCUAAAGCUCACUAAUUUACACAUUAUAUCUUGUUUGUUUCAUUUGUACACAGUAACUCAGUAACUCCAGAAAGUUACUGCGCCGGGUCAAGAAAUAGUCUGGCACAUAACCCCCGUAAAACCACAAUGUGUCGUUCUUUUCAAUAAACGAACAAGAUAUAAUGUGUUAAUUUGUGAGUUUUAGAGCUGCUGGUAGGCAGAUUUUUAUUACCUUUAGACUGAGCUAAGCUAGCUGUUUCCCAUUGUUUCCAGUCUUUAUGCUAAGCUAAGCUAACUGGCAGCAGCUUUGUAUUUACCAUACAGGUACGACAGAGGUAUCAAUCUUCUCAUGUAACUUUCAGCAAGAAAGCAAAUGCGCGUAUUUUAGGGUUGAGUGAGGGGUUCUCGAAAAUGAAGAUAAACCAGUGAGUGAGACAGAGAAAGAUAAAUCAGAUUUAGGUAGAGUGUCGACACUGGAACAAAGUCAGAUGUCACGCAGUGACGUUCAGUGUAUCUGAGAGUGGAAUUUCCUUUAAGCUAAAAAUAAAGAACAUUACACUACAAAAGGUCAUGAAACAAAAUGCUCUAUUCACAGAUGAUGAAGUAUGAUCAGAAAGUAUAUGAAGGUUAAGGGUCAUCUGAGAUGUCCAAAGGAGUUUUUAUAAAGCCGUCCCUUUACCCUUUAUGUAGUUUGCACUUUAAAUGUCCUCUUGUUUGUGUGAUUGUAUCUUAUUCUGUGACUGUUAACACUAAGAAAUGAAUUAUUGUUUUACUAUAAAAACAGUAUGUUUUCUGUAUUGAUCCCAGGCCUGUGGUGUUCCCCCCAUUCACAACAUCUAUUAAUCUGACAUGAAAAUGUUUCAAUACCCUUUAGAGAGGAAGUUGAAAGCUGAACUAAGCACUGAAAUUAAUAACUGUGAUACUCUGAUAUUGAAGUACAAUAUACAUACUGUAUUUUUCUAAAGAAAUAAAUUAAUAUGAAAUCCAGCGCUGUUAUGUAGCGGGCUACACUGGGAUCCACAGUUUCAUACUAAUUUAAUGUGCUUGAUCCUAAAAUAAUAAGAAUUAUUAUAAUAAUAAUUGUUAUUAUCUACAAGUCAAGCUGAUUUGUAACUUCUCAUCCAGUGAUGUUAUUUUGUAAUGUAAGCAAUAUUUUGUACCAAAUAAAUUUUCACUUAAA